CGAGCAUCUGACAUCGUUAAGGCUUUCUCACGUGAGAUGUAAAGAACAAAACUACACUGUGGAAAGUCGAAACGACGGUUGAAACGACGGAUCCAAGGAGAUAGAUUUGGUCUUCAGUUACCGGCACGUGAGUAACACACUGGAAUAUGCUUCCAUAAAUCUUCGAUUCGAUGGUUUAAAGCAAAAGGGAUUUUUUCAUGUUUCAGGAGGUCCUUAGCUUCUAUUUUGCAUUAAUGAAUUUCUCGUGAAAAGGAAGGCGUCAUUUCCCUCGUGACACUCUACGACGCAUGCGUGAGACUCUACGCUAAAAUCAGAAAAGUCCCCAUAACCAUGGAAUUUAACAUUUCAAUCACAAAUAUAACAGUUGGCAUAACAAUAGAGAAUUCAUCUUUUAUUCUUAACCCUGAGGUUACCACUAUCAUUGUGGUAUUCACCUUACUGGCUCUCGUGAUAAUCCCAGGAAAUCUAUUGGUCCUUUUGUCCAUCCGUUUUAACUCCCGCUUAAGAAGCCCAGAAUGCAUUCUGCUACUAUCCCUAUCAGUUGCUGACCUAAUGGUAGGGUUAUUCCUACUACCGGCCAAAAUCGUGGGCCUGAUGUCUCUUCGUUGGGCGAGACGAUUCAUGUGGUGUGACAUGACCAUAUUCCUGACUCUAUUUGUUCUGAGUGCGUCUCUGUUGAAUCUUCUCGGCGUCGCAUUCGAUAGAUGUCUGGCGAUAUCCUACACUCUGAGGUACAACAGCUUUAUGACGGUCACAAAGAUGUGCUUUGCAAUCGUUACGUUAUGGCUGACGGCGUUCACAGUCGCUUUUUUGCCGUUAUCAGGGGUCGGGGCCAAAUCGGUGGAAACUCAGUACUUUGAGCACCCUUGUUGUUUCUCUGACAUCUUGGAGGAAACUUACAUGAGGCUUUACUUUGUUUUCAUGUGCGCAAUACCGACCGCACUCAUAACCACGGCGUAUUUUAAAAUAUUUCUUCUGGCCCGCAAUCAAGCACGAAGGAUUACUUCACUGAGGAUGUACAUAGAAGAACUUUCAACACAGAAUGGAGGACCGAUAAACUCGCAUAGACCGAUUCGUUUUGCACGUGAAUCAAAAGCCGCUAGGACUGUGGCGACUGUCAUUGGUCUGUUUUAUCUGUGUUGGAUUCCGUUCUUCGUCAGCAUCCUUCUAACAACUUUCAAACAAGAAGCUGUUUCUUAUCUUCACACCGCCUUUGUCACGUGUCUUGCUUACUCCAACUCAGCCUUCAAUCCUGUCAUCUAUGGAUGGCUAAAUCAAGAGUUCAAAACCACUUACAAGAGAUUGGUCAGAGGUUUUCUCCGUUUCACUCGACCCAGUUUCCUCUCGAACAAUCGUGUAACUAGGAUAAAAAAGUUUUCUGUGCGGCAGACAGUCACUGCAACGAUCUCAGCCACACAGUCAGAAAAAGCAUCGCAGAAUUUCCGCCCAAUUGCGUGCUGUACAAGAAACUUGUAAAAUAUGUGCCGAUUCUUGCUAAGAUUGAGAUAAUGGCAGGUACAGUGAUAAAAUGUAAAAAAAGAAGAAGAAGA